AUGGAGUCCGAAUAUACGUCUCGCAAAAAACGACCUCGCCGUGUCUCGAUCAGCACACUUCCAGAGUUGUCUCGAGAGGGAACAUUCAAGUUAGAUCAUUCAGUAUCCAAAACCCGCUACCGACUAGAUAAAGCCUCAAAAGUUCUUAAGAAAACUGGCAAACCCAUUUGCAAGGUUCUGAAGGUCGUCAUAGCCGCCCCAUUCAUGCCCUGCAUUCUAUUUUUCGUCCUGUUCGACAAGAUUGCCGUGGCUACGCAACAAAAAAAGGACGAGAAAAGAGAAGACAUGAUUUUUGACAGGGGCAAACGAUCGGAUCCUAUUAGUGUUUAUGAAGUCGUCGUAGAACAGUACCGCAGAGAUUACGGAUAUGAAUUGGGCUGA